UGUCUUUCAGCUCCAGGACAUCAUCACACAUGGACGGACUCUACGUUCUUCUGGUUGUUUUCUCAGGAAUUGUUUCCUGCAGUCAUCAUUUGGUUUCUGGAUCAGUGUUGGAGGUGACAGCCAGACCUGGAGACAACAUCACUCUCUACUGUGACUGCAAAGUGUCAAGUGAAACGUCCAUAAGGUGGAUCAGGAACUGUUCCCAUGAGAACCAACCUUCCCUUAUUCUGGGAAAAAAAGAAGUUUCUUGGUUUUAUUCCCGUCAUUUUGAAUUUGUGAAGAACGAUUCCUCUGAUUCCUAUGACCUGCUGAUCAAGAACAUCACUAAUGCUGAUGAGGGCCUCUACAACUGUAGAACUACGGAGACGAAGGUGGAGAACCAGGACAAGCCUGAAUUUGAUUUCAGAUAUAGCAACAUGAAAACAAGGAUCAUACUCAACUCCACUGAGCCUCAUCCUGGAAUCCAUCACGACAACAAGACUGAGCAAAACUGUGGUGUGUGCUGGAAGCUGCUCUUCUCUCUGUGUCCAGCUGUUGCUGUUCUUUCUUCUCUCUUGUCUAUUCUGGUUUACCAGCUUUACCACAAAACAGCAGGAAAACCUCGAGAUGAUGAGAAAAGACAUGAGAGCAGAAGUCAAGGAAAACAGGAUGAAGACGUUUGUUAUGCUGCCCUGGAAAUCCGUCAACCAUCACAGAGACCAAAGAGGAAGAAAACUCAGAGUUCAGACUUCAGCACGUAUUCAGACAUAAAAACUUCCAGAGUGUAAGAGAGCAAUAAAUGGUCUGUAUUCAUAUUAUAUUCUGUAUUUUAACUUCUGCUGCUCAACAAAGAGCUUUGCAACGUUCGCUCGAGCCACAUGGUCUUUGUUACUGUUGCUGACUUUUGACUGAAUGAGAUCAUUUUCAUAAUUAUUACAGUUUGACCACCACAGUCUACAUGAAUUCUUGUUCUGUCUUUUUGUAGAUUUCCUACAGAAUAGAUGCAUUUUCAGUGUUUUGAUUCUGUCCACUUUUUCAUGAAUUAAAAAUUGAUCAUCUGCUCAGAAACCUCUAGACAGAGACUCUUCUUGUUGCUGUUAUGCAAUUUAGCUUAAAGUUCAUUUUUGUGAUUCAACUCGGUGCACGUGUGCAUGACUCAAGUAAUAAACUUUCAUUUUAGUUUAUCUCAAGUUAAGCAUCGGUCAAGUAUCGGUUAUCAGAUGCAUACAUACAACAAUAGAGCACGACAUGUUCUUGAAAAUCUAUGAUAGUGAUCCUGAAAUGCAUAAAAUUCACCCUUGUGUACAAUUUAUCAAUGUGUUUCAAUAAAAACAUUCUUUUGUUCAUGGCUUGAA